UGGACCUGGCCUUAUGGUGCCAAAACGUCAUGGUAUGAUCUGUCCCCAGUACCACUUUUAUAUAAAAAAAUGUUAUUUUUAGUAAAAUACAGUAAUCAAUAUAAAAACUAUUGAUAGUUUCGUAUUGUUUAUGUUAGUAGAAUUGUGAAAAAAAACCAUUUGUGAAAAAAAAAAUUUAUUUUUUUUAUUUUUUUGGUGUUAAUUUUUGUCUCUCGUUUUUGCGUCAUGGUCUGGCCUUUUUAUAAAAUAGCAUUUUUUUACAUAAAAAUAAAAUCGAAUCUUCACUCACCAUUAGUUAAAAGCAACAAUAAGCUCUCCUAAGUGAAUUACUAAGAGAGAAACUGCUUUCAGAAUUAAUUUUUUUUGUUUUUUACACAUUAAAAGCAUCAAAUGUGCAUAGGGAAUCACAGAAUCGUCAUGGUCUGGCCUUCAAAUAUUUCUCAAUAAAAUUAAUAAUUAUUUAUAUUUUAUGUCAACUGAAGUGUAGUAGUAUUAGUUCAGUGAAUAUAAAUAACAUGCAUAUGAAACAGAUUGAAAAUUGUUAAUAAAUUGUUGAAAAAAUCAGUUUUUCUUGUGCGUCAUGGUAAUGCUUUUUCUCGAUUGAACGGCGUGUAUCACUCGAGUGUCUAUAAGUGCACAUAAAAUGUGAAGCAAAAAAAUUUGUUUUAAACAUUGAACUUUAGAUAAGUAAUAAAUAAUUACAUAAAUGUCCAUAAAUUACUACAUAAAUUUCCAUAAAUUACCAAAUUUAAAAUUUUUAAUUGUCGUUCGCGCUAUUUAUUUUUUUGCAAAUUACCGCGAAAAUUUCCAUAAAUUACCGAAAUAAAAAUUUUUAAUUGUCGUUCGUGCUGUAUAUAUUUUUGUAAUUUACCGCGAAAAUUUCCAUAAAUUCUCGUUGCUUGAAACUCAACUCUUGACAUUUAUUCAAAAUAAUCUGGAGAAUAAUAUUUUAUAUUAUAAUACAACAUCGAGUCCUUAUAACAUUACUUAUAAAAUUAAUUAUCCAUUACUGGAGGAGAAAUUGAUGGUAAUACUGAGGCAAGGUAUUAAUUCAGAAGGGCGCAUUCAAAUGGAUGAAAAAAAAUUUACAACUUAUCUUGAAAAUGUAUUGUUUGAAAGUAAUAUAAAGUGGCCGGAAUAUGUUGACAAGCAGUAUGUACUAAAUUAUUUAAAAAACAUUAUUUUCACACAAAAAGGACAAGGAACUAUAAAUAUCUAUGAACUACAAAAAGAAAUUAUAAAUUUUGUUUCUCAAUUGACUGAAGAAAAUAAAGUUUGGCAACAAACAACUUUAUUCCCUAAAAUUCAAUUGCGUAAACCUAAAAUGAAAGAAUAUCAACAAUGGUCAACGGAUAAUAAAAUAAAUCAAUUAGAGACAAACGAAAAUAUUUUAGAUAUGUUUAGAAAUGGAUCUACGGGUGUUGGACAAAUAAUUCCAAAUAUUACAUCAUCCAUACGAGGCAACUUUGAACCAAAAGAUGACAAACAGAUAAUCAGUGGUGGAGGUUUAAUAGAGGAAUCAUCAUCUGCAAUUCCAUUAUCAUCAGUUCCGCAAUGGACAGAAGGAUCCAGAAUCUCUUACGGAGGUGAUACUACCCCAAGUGGUCAAAUGGAAUCAUCAUCUGCAAUUCCAUUAUCAUUACUUCCGCAAUGGACAGAAGGAUCCAGAAUCCCUUACGGAGGUGAUACUACCCCAAGUGGUCAAAUGGAAUCAUCAUCUGCAAUUCCAUUAUCAUUAGUUCCGCAAUGGACAGAAGGAUCCGGAAUCCCUUACGGAGGUGAUACUAUCCCAAGUGGUCAAAUGGAAUCAUCACCUGCAAUUCCAUUAUCAUCAGUUUCGCAAUGGGCAGAAGGAUCCAGAAUCUCUUACGGAGUUGAUACUACCCCAAGUGGUCAAAUGGAAUCAUCACCUGCAAUUCCAUUAUCAUCAGUUUCACAAUGGACAGAAGGAUCCAGAAUCCCUUACGGAGUUGAUACUAUCCCAAGUGGUCAAAUGGAAUCAUCACCUGCAAUUCCAUUAUCAUCAGAUUCGCAAUGGACAGUUCAGCCUAAUAUUACUAAUGACGUCUUUAAUAACGCAGAUGAUGAAAUGAUGAUGGGCGAUGAAGGCUAUAAAGAGGAAUCAAAUACUAAUAUUCCAAAUGUUGACACAUCAGAAAACUUCAGUAUCAACGAUAGAAUUAGUGGAGCUGACAAAAAGCCAGAAACAAUAUAUACUGAAACAAAUCUUAAUGGAAAAGAAAAAGAAAAUCUAAUUUCUAAUACUACCCCAAGUGGUCAAAUGGAAUCAUCACCUGCAAUUCCAUUAUCAUCAGAUUCGCAAUGGACAGUUCAGCCUAAUAUUACUAAUGACGUCUUUAAUAACGCAGAUGAUGAAAUGAUGAUGGGCGAUGAAGGCUAUAAAGAGGAAUCAAAUACUAAUAUUCCAAAUGUUGACACAUCAGGAAACUUCAGUAUCAACGAUAGAAUUAGUGGAGCUGACAAAAAGCCAGAAACAAUAUAUACUGAAACAAAUCUUAAUGGAAAAGAAAAAGAAAAUCUAAUUUCACGUGAUGAAAUUUCAAUGCCAUCUUUACAUCCAGUUGUGGAAGCACCAGUUUCAACAAUUAAAAUUAAACCUAAUGUAUCGAUACAAGCAGUUUCUGUUGAAAAGAAUGGUAUUGAAUUACCAUUAAAAAAUAUGACAAUUAGCCUUGAUGAAAUUUUAAGAUCGGAAUUAAUGUUCACUAAUGAAAAAAAUUACUCAUCUAAAGUAUAUAUAAUUAGAGACAAAAUAAGAAAUCUUUAUCCUGUUCUUAAAAUUGUAUUUGCCAAUAAUGUAUUGGAAUUAAUUAUUAAAGAUAAUUUACGAUUGGCAUUCAGUGAAGGUUAUUAUACUGAUAUUAAAAAGAUUUUGAAUUAUAUAAUUAAUGAUAUUAAAGUAAAAUAUGAACUUACUUCGACAUUACAGUUAGAUGGUAAAAUUGCAAGUAACAAAUAUAUUAAGCCUGUUGAAGAAAUUAGUUGGAUUGAAGUUCAAAAGCAUUUAGAUGAAAAAUUCGAUUCUCUUAAACAAUUUUCUAAUAUUAAUGCUACAAUGUUGACACAAAAUUUGGUAAAUGUUACUUUUGAAUAUGCACCAACUAUUGACUCUUACGUAAGUUAUUCAGCAUUUGAAAUUAAAUUAUUAAAUUAUUUAAAACAAAAGGGAUAUAAAGAUUUCUCUGAAUCCUCUGUUCGAGAACAAAUUGUUGGUUACAUGCAAGGACUUAUUAAACUCUAUUCUGAAAGUAUAAAAUAUUUAGUUGUGUUUAAUAUCACACACUAUGAAGAUAUGGAUAAUGCGGAAAUUAUUAAAAAGGAAAUAAGUAAAGAAAUAAUAAGUGCAAUUUUUUCACUUGGUCCAGAAAAUAUUAAGGAUAACAAUGAAACACUUCGAGAAGAAAUUGUUAAUAUACUCGAUAACUAUGAAAUUACAUGCACUGUUCAAAUAUAUGAUUCAUCAAUGACAACAUUUUCAAAUUUAAUAUGUACAGCUGAAAGUCGCAAUAGUGAAAUGAUGACAUAUAUUCCUCCACCUUGGGAAAUAAUAUUAAGUUUCCGCUCUUCUAAUUCGUGGAUUUCUAAUAAAGCAAAAGCAGAUGCAGGUUUAUUACAGAAAAAUAUUUAUAAUACUGUGUCUGAUUUCUUAUCGCGCAAUAAUUUUGAUUCUAAUUUUGAACCACUAAAGAAAAAAUUGUUGAAAAUAAUUUCAAAUACGGGUUAUGAUUUUCGUGUAAUUGUUAAAGAUAAAUCAACAAAUAGAAAAAGAUUUGUUUUACAAUUUCCAAAAAUUUCACUAUCUAGUAGAAAUUACUAUAGAAAAGAUGCGGAAAUUAAAAUUAAUUCCAUGGCUUCAUUUAAAUUUAAUACAACGAUCACUAAUAUUAUUGAUAAAAAAAUAUUUAAUAUGGAACAAAUUCAGACCGGUAUUAAAUCAAUUCUUGAGGAAUAUAUUAAAAAUGGAAAACAUAAUAUUGAAUUACUCCAGAAAGAAAUUAGUGCUGCCAUUUCAACAGCUACCGCUGACAUUGAAGUUAACGUUACUCUUGAUAUAAAAGGCAAAUUAUAUCCAUUUAUUGUCAAACACAAUGGAAGUAAACUAAAUAAGAUAUAAACAAGGACCAACGUUGAUAUAAAAUUUUAAUAUCAAAUGUGGCAGUUUUGGAAAGCAGAAGAAAUAUUUUAUUUGUAGCUUAAUUAAAACGAUUGUUUGUGUUUUCAUAGUUUAUAUAUAUAUAUAUUUUUUGUUUUAUUGCUAUUAUAAUUACUUCUAUACUGUUAAAAACGUAUUCUGAAAAAUUGUUUUAUUUUUGAAUUUUAAGAAAUGUUUAAUUAAACAUGUCAUAUGUAAAUUGAUUUCUUUUUGUGAAUUAAACAUAUGACAUUAUGCUUAUAUUGUUAAUUCUUAGUAAUAAUAUACAUAUUAAAAUUUGCAAAAGAGGUCAGGGUUUUAAUUUUAUUAAAAAGAAGUUUAAUUUUUUAACUUUAAGACAGAAAUAAUUUCUUUUCCAUUAAUAUUUUUAUUGACUUGCACCCCCCUAUCCCAAACUUUAUAAGUUUGUUUUUUUUAAUUUAAUUAUGAAUUGAAGAAAAAAGUAUUUAAGAUAAAUAUAUUUUACUAGAUAAAUAAUAAUUAAUAAUUUUUACUUUGCUGAAUGCUAAAAUUCUAGAAGUUUAAAUUAUUGAAAUGUUUAUUAAUAAUAUUUUUGAAGGUUAAGUAAAAUGAAAUGAAGGUUUUUUUCUAUUGAUAGAAUUUUUUUAGUAUGGAUUUUUAUUUACAUACUUCUUUAUUUAUUAGAAUUGUAAUAUAUUAUUUUAUGUAAAUAUUAAUAUUUUUAUUCUUCGAUAUUUUUUUUAUAAUUUAUUUAUUUUUUUCAAUGAAUUUGUAUUGAAUUGAAAAUUAAUAUUAUUUUGAAAUUUUUGUUCCAUUUAUUUGUCGAUGAUUAAAUUUUUUAUAAUAUUUAAUAAUUAUUAUACGCAAAUUUUAUUACUUUUAAUUUCUAUAUUACUAAAUUUUUAUUUAUCCAUACUAAAAAAAAUUCCAUCAAUAAAAAAAAUCCUUCAUUCCAUUUUACUUAAUCUUCAAAAAAUAUUAUUAAUAAAAACAUUUCAAUAAUUUAAACUUCUACAAUUUUAGCAUUCAGCAAAGUAAAAAUUAUUAAUUAUUAUUUAUCUAGUAAAAUAUACUUAUAUAAAAUACUUUUUUCUUCAAUUCAUUUAUUAAAACAAAUCAAAAUUAUUAUAAAAUACAAUAACCUUUUAACAACAUUCGAAAAAAAUAAAUUAUAAAAAAUGAAAUUCUGUAAUAUGAUAAUUCUUGCUUAUAAAAUUUGGCAUAGAAGGGUGCAAGUCAUUAAUCUAACAAAUAAUGCACUUAAAAAAAAAAAUUCAUUUGAUUCUAAUAAUCGGUUAUUUGACUAUUAUCAAAAAAAAUAUUUAUUUCUCUCAAAUAAUUAUUAUUUGAGAUAAUAUUUGUUACAAAUACAAAAAUUAUUGGUUUAAAUACAGUUUAUUUAAUUCAAAUAAAAAUUGUUUGGUUCAAGUAAAUAUUUAUUUGCGAUAAUAGUCAAAUAACCGAUUAUUAGAAUCAAAAAUAAAUUUUUUUUUUCAGGACAUUAUUUGUUAGAUUAAAUAAAGUUAUAAAAUUAUUUUAAUGUGUUGAUAUUACGACGAAUUUAAGAAAGAUUGUUUUAUUAAUAUUUUUGAUUUUCUGAAUUCUUUGUUAGAUAAUAAAGUCAUUACAAAUGCGUUGACAUAACGACGAAUUUAAGAAAGACACGAGGGAAAAGUACCAACAUUGCUUGAUUUUAAAUUUGAAUAUCUAUAAUCAUAUAUUUGUUCUUUUUCAAUGAAAAAAAAAAAAAAUUAUUAUUAUUACUAUUACGAAAUAAUUUGAUAUAUUUCUGUUCGUAUUUGUCACUGGGAUUGAUAUUUUUGUUCACUAUAUUAUGACUUUCUUGUAAAAGUAAAAUAUUUAUUUAUGUUUGUGCACUUGUUCCUUUUUCCUUGAAUAAAGGGAUCUUUAAAAAAAAA